AUGGCUCGCUCAAUCGCGGUCGCCCUUGUGCUGCUCGCAGCUUUCGCCGCUGUCGCCAAUGCCGCAACUGGGGCUUUCACCUAUGAGAAGAGCGGCAUUGACUGGACGGGCGCGUGCGCGACGGGCGAGCGCCAAUCGCCGGUGAACAUCGUGAUGGACAAGACAGUGCAGAGCAAGAAGCCGGAGCUCUUCUCGCUCGAGUACGGCAGCACCAGCAAGCAGGCGUCCGUCGUCAACAAGGGCUCCACCAUCCAGGUGAUUCCCGCACCGGAGGAGACCCACCUGCUGCACCUCGCAUCGGGCGACUACAAGUUGCUGCAGAUGCACGUGCACACGUACUCGGAGCACGCGAUCAACGGGCUCUUCGCGCCCAUGGAGGCGCACUUCGUGCACGUGAACACGGUCGAUCCCAAGAAGCUCGCCGUCGUUGGCGUCAUGCUGCGCGUGCACCGCCACGACGACGACUCCGCGUGGGUCAACCAGUGGCUGCCGCAGGCGCCCCUCGAGAACAACGCGAAUGCCACCAUCUCCAUCACGCCCAACUUCUGGAGCGAGAUGAUCGACGCGUCGUCCGGCUUCUGGGCGUAUCCCGGCUCGCUCACCACGCCCGAGUGCGACGAGAUUGUUUCGUGGCACGUGCUGCGCAAGGCGCAGCCGCUCUCCGUGGCGCAGACGAUUCAGUUCAUGAACAUUAUGGCGGUUUCCAACCAGGAUCGCACCGACAACCGCAUGCCCCAGCCGCUUAACGGCCGCACCAUCUACUUCCACUACCCUGCUGCUGCCGCCAAGUAA